CGCUCGCUGCGACGCUCUUUCUCUCACUAAGAGCCUCUCUCUCACUCACUCUGUCUCGCUUUCUCUCUCUAGACAGCGAUGGCGAUCGGGCGGCCGGCGAACCCCGGCGGCCUCCUGCUGCUGCUGCUCGCGCUCCUCUCCGUCGCGGCGAUCGCGACCGCCGAGGUGUUCUUCGAGGAGCGAUUCGACGAUGGAUGGGAGAACCGGUGGGUCAAGUCUGAUUGGAAAAAAGAUGAAAACUUGGCUGGCGAGUGGAACUACACAUCUGGAAAAUGGAAUGGAGACCCCAAUGACAAAGGUAUCCAGACGAGUGAAGACUACAGGUUUUAUGCUACAUCAGCGCAAUUCCCUGAGUUCAGCAACAAAGACAAGACCCUUGUCUUCCAAUUCUCCGUCAAGCAUGAGCAGAAGCUUGACUGUGGUGGUGGCUACAUGAAGCUACUCAGUGGUGAAAUUGAUCAGAAAAAAUUCGGUGGUGACACCCCAUACAGUAUUAUGUUUGGACCUGAUAUCUGUGGCUACAGCACCAAGAAAGUUCAUGCUAUACUCAACUACAAUGAUACCAACCAUUUGAUCAAGAAGGAAGUUCCCUGCGAGACUGAUCAGCUUACUCAUGUUUAUACUUUCAUCCUCCGCCCUGACGCCACCUACAGUAUUCUCAUUGAUAAUGCUGAGAAGCGAAGCGGUAGCUUGUACACUGACUGGGAUCUUCUCCCACCUAAGCAGAUCAAGGAUCCUGAGGCCAAAAAACCAGAAGACUGGGAUGACAAUGAAUAUAUCCCCGAUCCAGAAGAUAAGAAGCCAGAGGGAUAUGAUGAUAUACCAAAAGAGAUACCAGAUCCCGAUGCCAAGAAGCCUGAGGAUUGGGAUGAAGAUGAGGAUGGUGAAUGGACAGCCCCAACUAUGCCUAACCCUGAGUACAAGGGACUGUGGAAGCCAAAGCAAAUUAAAAAUCCCAACUACAAGGGGAAGUGGAAGGCACCGAAGAUUGACAACCCAGAUUUUAAAGAUGACCCAGACCUAUAUGUCUACCCCAACUUGAAGUAUGUUGGUGUAGAACUGUGGCAGGUCAAAUCUGGAACCUUGUUUGACAACGUCUUGGUUACUGAUGAUGUCGAAUAUGCAAAGAAGCUUGCCGAAGAAACAUGGGGCAAGAACAAGGAUGCCGAAAAGGCAGCAUUUGAUGAGGCAGAGAAGAAGAGAGAGGAAGAGGAAUCUAAGGCCGACCCUGUUGAUUCCGAUGCUGAGGAUGAAGAUGAUGAUGCCGAUGAUGCUGAUGAUGCCGAAGCAGAUGAUUCCGAUGCAGAAAUCGAAACCAAAACAGAUGAUGGCGCCGACUCCACGGACGAGAUCAAGACUGAAGAUGUAAAGGAUGAGCUGUAGGCGACGCCGAAAGUGGAGUAACGAGCUGCUCCAAAAUUCUUGAUUUUUUGCUUGUUUUUACCGUUUCUUUUUUAGUAGGAAUUAUCCUUGGGGGAGAGAGAAAGAGAGAACAUUUCAUGCGAAGUGCAUGGCUGAUUGCAUCAAUGUCAAAUCUGAUUCUGGGGAUUGGGAAAGAGAAUGAAACAUGUAAUGUCAAAUCUGAUUCUGAGGAUUGGGAAAGAGAAUGAAACAUGUGCCCCUCCUUUUGCUA